AUGGCUGGUACCACUCAGCGCCAGCCUUAUAUAGAGCCAAAGUUUCCCGCCAAAUUCGCGCAUUCAAUCACUUCCGGUGAUCGAAAUCAAUUGAUCACUUUUGAUCGCCGGCGAUCGGUCGGUUUUCCCGCCAAAUGUGCGAAUUUGGCGGGAAAUUUCCUCUAUAUAAGAACGGCGCUGAGUGGUACCAGCCAUUGUCGUGGUUGUGCGGAUGGCGAGUGGUCGGGGAUUGGGUGGCGAGUGGCCAGGGGUGCUAUGUGA